AUGUCCAGACCUGCUCUACUUGACCCAAAUCAACGCCUCCCCUUUCUGGCCGCCACUGUUUUCGACGCCCAAGUUAUCAUCCUCGACUGCAAAUCCAUCAUCUGCCGAGGCUUCACCGCGGUUAUGCACGUCCACGCCUGUGUCGAGGAGGUGCGCUUCCGAACCAUCAUCUGCCGCAUCGACAAAAAGACCAACAAGAAAACCGACGUUACCCCACGUUUUAUCAAGCAGGAUGAUGUGGCCAUUGUGCGCUUUGAGGUAUGUGUUGAUGUGCACUUUCUUCUUUUUGGCAUCAGAGCAUUUGAUGGUGGCACGGGCCUUUUUGCUUUUUUACACCAGCUUAUGCGUCCCGAUUUCUUUUUCCUAUUACUUCACUUGUAUCCAUCAAGUCCUCUUUAG